AGUCACGUGACUCUAAAGCAUGGCCGAAAAUUUGUAGACGAUUUUCAAUAUUUUGUUCACAAGAAAGAAAACCAUUUAAACGCCUAUCAUGGAUAAGUGGGAUCCACGUGAAGAGGAUUUCAGUGAUCCAAAAUUCAACUCUUACGACACUGGACUUGUUGGAGAAAUGUUUUCACAGGAACAUGUAAAUCCAGCUUUUACAAGACCAGACCAAAAGAAAGAAAUCAAGUUAUAUGUACGGGGAAUACCAAACAAUCUCACCCAAGAAGCUUUGAAGAAUGUAUUCUCAGCUGCUGGAGAUGUACUGGAAGUUAAGAAGUGUGAGUCAAAGAAGUUGGAUAGAAAUGAUACAUUUGGGUUUGUUACAUUUGGGCGUGUGAAAGAUGCGGAGGCUGCCAUAUCUCAGCUUGAUGGCUACAAGAUUGGACAGUUUACUCUCAGAGUUUCUGUGGCACAAUCUCCUGAAGAAAAGAAAAGACGGGAACAAAAGAAAUUGGAAGAGCAACAAUUUUUAGACUCACUAAAUGCUUCAGGGAAACUUCAGAAUACUGAGGAUGAGUUUGGGAAUAUAGAACCACCCCCAGAUGGUAAACAUAUAACAGCUAGUGGACGGAGUGGGUUGAAGGUAUCUGUGAGAAGUGACACUAUAGCUGAUGUAGACCCUCAGCUACCCAGCCCAGGUCUAAAAGGAGACAGGGGGCCAGUUAAGGGUUUAGGAAGAGCCAAGAUGAUGCAGCUUGCAGCAGCAGGGACAAAAAAUAGCCCAGAAAAUGUGCCUAAACCUGCAGUUCCAAAGAUACGCACCAUGUCACAACGUUACGGCGCAGCCAGCCCUCCAAGACCCUCCAAGAGUGACUCCUCUGAGCAGAACUCUCCACAGAGACCCAAUCCUUCACCCUCAGGACCCACCAAACCUUCACCCCAGCCUGUUGUUACGCCAUCACCCACAGGAGUUCUCAAACAGACACCCACACAGCACCCCAGUCCAGGGUCAGUCAAUCCUACACAGCCAUCCCCCAAACAAUCAUCCCCCCAUGUAACUAGUCCCAACCCUAGUCUUCAUACACCUAGUCCCCAAGCUCUAUUAGAGUCUGGUCCACCCACAUUGUCAGAUCACCCAGAUGCCCCUCCAGAGUUGAAGUCAGGCUAUGAUUCAGAUACCUCAAACCAGAGUUCUGCUAGUAAAUCUUAUGGUCGAGGUGGUAGGGGUCGAGGAAGGAGGGGGAACAAUUACAAUGUGAGCACCCAGAUUCAAUGUACCUUAUUCUCACCAGCAGUAUGCCUACCCACCAGCUCCUCUUCAUGCUUUAUGCCAAUGUGCAGAUUGUGUACAACCUCACAUGCAGCAGCAGUACUACCCCCCAGUCCAGGGUUAUAUGCCCCAGAGUGGAUACCAGCCCCAGGGUGGUUACUACCCUCAUGGUGGCUACAACUACCAACAUAACUUCCAGUAUAAUCCAAGAGGUGGGCGAAGGGGAGGGCCACGCUACCAGGGGCCUCAACGGGGAGGUCACAUACAGCAGUCAGAAAACCCCAUGGGAUCCUCACAUACACCUGGGACUGAGGGUCCUGGAAUGAAGAAGACUCCCAAACCAGUACGACCUCCUAGGCCAUGUAAUGUCUGCAAAUCAAUGACAUCCAAGUAUUGCACAUCUUGCCAGUAUAUACACUACUGCUCCAGGGAAUGUCAGACAAAAGAUUGGGCCGACCAUAAAGUAAAAUGUUCCCAUUUCAAAGGGUUAGGUGACUUGGAGAGUAAGUUUGAUAUUAGUAUAGGAGAAAAUCUCAUCAACCCCCCUGCAGGUGCUGUCAAUCACAAUGCAGGUGCUGCCAAUCCCCCUGCAACUGCUGCCAAUCCCCCUACAGCUACUGCCAAUCCCCAUACAGGUGCUCCCAAUCCUCCUGUAGAUGCUGUCAACAAAUCUCAGACAGUUGAAGCCAGUCAUGACAAGGAAGAGAAAGCCAAGUCUCCAUCUCCCGUUGGUGAUGCUCCUGCACGGUCAGUUAGUCCUGGGGCCCCAAGAGUCAAGUCAUUCAGGAUCCAACAUGAGAAAAUUCCAGAAACCAGUAAAGUUGUAAUCCAGGAAUUCUACUCACCAAAGAAUAUUUGGGUCAACAUUGCCACCAAACAAAUAGAGAACAGUCUCAAUGAACUCGGAGCCAGUAUGCAAAAGGCAUACCAGAGUUCAGAGAACAAGGCACCUAACAGCUAUACACCUGAAAAGGGGGAGUUGAUAGCGGCCAAGUUUAAAGAUGGUGCUUGGUAUCGUGCCCAGGUAGAGUGUAUCAACCAGAACAUGACAUUAACUGUACUGUUUGUGGACUACGGAAACAAAGAUGAUGUACACAUCAAAGACACCCGAAAAAUCAAUGAGGGAUUUAUCAAUUUGAAAAAACAGGGAAUCCAGUGUGCAUUGUAUGGUGUUGAAAGUGAAACUUCAUGGCCAAGCAAUCUUGCAGGUGUAGUCAAGACUUUCUUGGGGACAAAUAGCCAGCUAGUGUGCAAAUACAGGGGUCAGAGAAACAGUGAGCGGCAGGUAGACCUCAUGCAUCCACAGACUGGUAAAUCUCUGGCUGAACACCUUGCAGAGAAGGGUUUGUGUAGGCUUCAAGGGGUCUCCAACAGAAAUCGUUCUCAGUCAGGGGGGUCCACUGGGUCUGACAAUUCUCCAAGGGAACCAAGUCCCAAAGAUAACAAAUCUUCAUUCCACCCAACUGAAACUCGUCAAGCUCCCCAAGAGGCCAAUCAAGCUGCCCAAGGGGCAAGUAAAUCUCCCCAAGGGGCUCGUCCUAAAGAAAGUCAGUCCCAACAGGAUACUCAUCAAAAGGAGCGACAAGUGGCCCAAGGUGCUAGACCAAAAUCUCCAAGGUACAAAAGCAAGAUGAAAGAGUUACAAUUAAACAAGCAAUUAAUGGCUGUAGUGACAGAGGUAGUGUCACCCUCAGAGUUCUACAUUCAACUUGCUGAUGAUGGCAAUGAGAUAGCUGAGCUGGCAGGUCUACUGGAAACAUUACAUGCUUCAUGUGAAAGUGAGAAACUCAACCCAGAUUUCAGGGUUACUGUUGGUGAUGAGGUUGCUGUGAAGUAUUCGCAAGAUGGACGAUGGAACAGAGGCCUUGUUGUGGCCAUACGUGACAAAGAAGCAAAGGUGAAGUUUGUGGAUUAUGGAAACAAGGAGAAACUACUGAUGGCUGACCUGUUACCCCUAAAGGAUGAGUUUACUCUGGUGCCAACCAUGGCUAUAUGCUGUAGUCUAGUGGAUAUCAAACCUGCGGCAGGUAAAUGGCCAUCAAAUGCAGUGUCCUGGUUUAAGUCUCAGGUGAUGGGUGCAGAUGCCUCUAAACUCCUCAUUGCUACUGUGUGCAAGGUUGAUGAGAAGUUUGCACACAUUACACUCAAUAAAGAUGGCACUGACAUCAACGCUGCCCUGAUUGCUGGAGGAUACGACAAAAUUAAUGACACAAGUGGUAAACCAGUGGCUCCCCCUAGUGUUAGUGAUAAACAAGUCGAAUCUACCACUAGCUCCUCUAAACAACCCCAGCCUGGCAGUAUGCAUUCAUUCCCACGUGACCCCUUGCCCAAGGAAGGUACCCCUGCUUUGAUAACAGACAUCACAAACCCUAGUGACUUUCAUGUGGCCUUCAUAGAGACUGAUCAUAAGAAUUACAAUGCAGAAUGUGCAGCAGGUUGUACAAGUCCCCUCAUGCAGCCAAAAGUCGGAGCCCUUAUGGCAUAUCUACAUGCUGAUUUUGGAGAGUGGUACAGGGCUGAAAUUAAGGAAAUACAGGGAGAUAUCUUACAAGUGUAUAGUUACGAUUGGGGAUUUAUGGACAAUGUUAAGGCCAGUGAUGCUAAGAUGAUGCCUGAUGCUUUGAGUGCUAAGCCUGCUGUUGCCACCAAUUGUGCCCUUGUUGGGGUCAUAGGGUCGGGACCUCAGGGUUCUUGGCCCCCUGAGGCCAAUGCCCUAAUAGAGGGUAAGACUGCCACUGUGUCUGUAAUACAAGCCAAUCCUGGUGGAAAGGUGCUAGUUGAUCUCAUUAUAGAUGGAAAGAGCGUGGUAGAUCAGUUAAUUGAAACUGGUAUGGCAGUAAAGGGCAACAUCCAGCCUGUUCAAGUCACCGCAAGUGCUCCAAUUGCACCACCUAGUCCAAAGGCUGUAGAACCAGCCACUGUGCAAUCCCCUACCUCUGCUGAAGUGCAACAACCCACUGUGCCAAAAGCGAGUCAACAGCCACAGGCUACACCUAGUGUCACUCACAAGCCUAGCUUUAAACCUGCUCAAGUUCCUUCUGAACCCAACACUGUAGGGAUGUUAUUAUCUGCAAACAGCCCCCAUGACCUACACAUCCUCUCUAACUCACUUCUGGACUUUGUAUCAGGCCUUAAUGAACAAAUCCAAGCAGCCAAACCUUCACUGUGUACACCCAAACCUGGUCAGCUUGUUGCAUAUUACUCUGAUGGCUUUAAGGAAUUCUAUAGGGCUGAAGUGACAGCUAUAACUGGUGAUGUCAUUCAUGUGUUCGCAAUUGAUUGGGGAUUCGAUGAUCAGACAAGUGCCAAGUUUAUUUAUGAGCUACCUGCUGACUUGAAGGUUCAUCCUGCAUCAGCUUUACACUGUAAACUGGCAAAUAUUGCAAGGACAGAUCCAAAAGGUUGGAAUGAUGAAUCAAUGCGAAUCCUCAAUGGACUUCUCAAUACUCAGGUGACAUUCUCAGUAAUAGAUGGUGCUACUGUUCCAGUCACAAUCUCCAUGACAUCCAUUGAAAAUGGGAAAGAUGUAGGUGAGCUUAUAGUGCAAGCUGGGGGAGCAGUGAUGUGUGUUGACCCAGGGGAGCUGCCUGAGGGUGACACUCUGGUAGACAUAGGGGUCCUUAUGAGGGAGGAGUUAUAUGUCAAGCCCCAGGCAGACACCCCUACAGCUGCUAGAAUCUCUCAACAACUAGGUCAGUAUUACCCCGGUGGCUCUCAACCAAUAGGAAGUUCUGCAAAACCCGGUGAGAUUGUUGCUGUAAAAUGGGCUGAGGAUGGUCAAUGGUAUCGUGGUGAAAUCAGCGCAACUUCGCCACAGUCAUCCACAGUGUACUUUAUGGAUUACGGCAACUGUGCCGAAGCUGUCAACAGUGACAUCUAUAAGCUAGAUCUUCAGUUCUUCCAACCCAGGCAGCUGGCCAUAAGAUGCGGUAUAGCUGAUCUGGACAACCCGACAUCUCUACUAAGAGAUUAUGAUAACAGUGUCCUCCUCAGGCAGCUUGAGGAGAAUGCCAGUGUGGUAGGUGUACGUCUACUAGGAUCAGGACCUGGGGGCAUAUCCAUGGUAGAGCUCCUUAACCCAACUAAUGGACAGUCUAUAACUCAAGCUGUCAUGAAGAAAACUACUGCUGCAUCUGGUGUAUCUGCUAGACCUGAGACAACAGCCCCACCUGCCCCUGUCCCCCAGGCUUCCCCUGUCCCUGCACCCCAAUCUUCUGUAGCCCCAUCAUCACACCCCCAGGCUACCACUUCAUCCCAGUCCCAGGGGAUCUUUGAAGAGGCUAUGAAGAAAGAUCAUCUGGUAGAUAACUGCAGUGUGGUUGUGUCGCACGUCAAUAGGGACAACUUCUAUUGCCAGGUGUUCUCAGGGGAGGAGAGUUUGGCAAAGAUGAAUGUUCUAGAACAGCUACUAGGCAGACUCUACGAGACACCACACAGCCCUGACUUCAUGCCUGCUAUUGGAGAUAUGUGUGCUGCUAAGUUAGUAGAUGAUCUGCCAAGUAGAGCAGUUGUAUGUAAACAUGUGAGUGCAAUGGAACUAGAGGUGCAUGACCUAGACUAUGGUACAGAGGCGAAGGUAUCCAUUGAAGAUAUACGCCCCUUCACUCCAUCUCUGGCCCAGUUAAGCCUAAUGGCAAUCCAUUGCAAGCUCGAUCUACCAGAUGGGUUUGACUACACUGCUGCCAAUGCUACAAUGAUCUCAUUGCUGCCUGUUCUUGGGGAACAGUUCACUGUUAAAAUACUCAACACUCGGGGGACCUGUCAUAUUGUUGACCUGAUCGAUUCUUCUGGAGUCUCGCUUUCUAGGGAACUGUCCAAUAAAUUUCCAGUCAGAGUGGCUCAACCUGCAGCUCCAGUGGCUCAACCCGCAGCUCCAGUGG